UCCUCCCUCCCUCUUUUCUCUCUCCGCUCCUGUCUCUCCCCCUCGGUGCAAACCGCGAAAAUAGCAGCCGCCCGUUCGCUCGCACUCCCCGGCCGUGCCGCGAUGAGCGACGGCGCCGAUUCCGACCGCGACCUCCCGCCCGCCUCCCACCACGCCAACGCCCACGCCGACGCCCCGCGCCACCCCGAGGACCCGUGGGCCGCCAAGGACGACGACGAGGACGAGGAGGACCCGCCCGCGCCCGACGAGUUCCAGGACGCGCCGCUGUCGCCCGAAACCAACAGCGACGGCGACGGCGCCGGCUCCCCGGAUCGGGCCGACCUCCCCAAUGCCGGGGAGGCCGCGCCGCCUUACGCCGGGGGCGGCGGCGUGGGCAUGAGGGUGGAGACCAACGGCGAGGACGCCAUGAGCCACGACGCCGACGGCGAGGACGACGACGACGACGAAGACGAGGAUGACGAGGAGGACGACGAGGAGGACGAGGACGAGGACGACUCCACCCCUGAUGCGUCGCCCAAGGCGGAGGGCGACAUCCCGGCCGGGAUGGCGCAGUGCGCCGGCCCGCCCGCCGAGUCGGACCCCUUCCUCGACGGCCACGACUCCGGGACGGAGGACGAGCAGGCGGCCUUCAUGGCCGAGCUCGACCGCUUCCACAGGGACCGCAGCCUCGAGUUCAAGCCGCCAAAGUUCUACGGCAAGGGCCUCAACUGCCUAAAGUUGUGGAGACAGGUCGCACACCUGGGAGGCCAUGAGCAGGUAACGAUUUGCAAACUAUGGAGGCAAGUUGGAGAGACUUUCAGACCACCAAAGACCUGCACUACAGUCUCUUGGUCGUUCCGAAUUUUCUACGAGAAGGCGCUCCUUGAGUAUGAAAAACACAAAGUUCGAACUGGCCAGCUUAAAAUAUCAGUACCUGCUAUACCACAGCCUGGUGGUACGAACCGCGAGACUGAGACUAACACAACUCGAAACAAACUUUGCAGCUACACAUCCAAAGAACAAAUGAUAGGUGUGAAUCCAUCAUCUUCUGCAAGAAUUAGAAGGGAUGCUGCAGCACGUGCUAUGCAGGGUUGGCAUGCACACCGUCUCCUUGCCAACGACAUGUAUGGAGAUCACAUCUUAAAGGACAAAGAUUCAAUCGCCUUUUCAAGUCGCGAUAAUAGGAAUCUAAAAGGCUUCGGUAUGCUCCACAGGGAGGAUUCUAUGGUCAUUGAUGUUGGAGAACCUGCUGAUUGGGUGAAGAUUAAUGUUCGUCAAACCAAAGAAUGCUUUGAAAUAUAUGCGCUAGUUCCUGGGCUUCUACGAGAAGAGGUGCAUGUUCAGUCAGAUCCUGCUGGACGUCUUGUUAUAACUGGGGACCCUGACCAGCCUGAUAACCCUUGGGGCAUCACUGCAUUCAAAAAGGUGAUCAACUUGCCACUAAGGAUUGAUCCUCAUCAAACAUCUGCAGUUGUCACGCUUCACGGCCAGCUAUUUGUGCGUGCGCCAUUUGGGCAUCCCGACAUGUAGAUAUGCCUUCUGUUCACUCCAGUUACCUUCAACUGCAAUACCUGUGUUACCACUGUGCCAGUGGUUUUCAUGGAUAUUUAUAGGUUUUAGAAGAUUUUUGUUGUUGCAGAAGUAGGAUUUCGUUUGAGCAGAUGCACCAUGCCAAGCUGACAUAGCAGAACUUCUCUGCAAUCUAUUCUCUUGUGGGUGUUCAUAGUACACAUAAAUUAGCUGGUUCAUGCUUGGAUUUUAUUUUUUAGUGGCAUAUAGUUCUUUUCCUUUUCUGAGAAUUGAGAGAGAAACAAGACAAAGCUGGAUAGGUUAAUUUUAAGGAUUAGCUUCUUUACUUUCUGUAUUUAUUUCCUCUUAUCUCUAUAAAAGCAUUCCUGGGCAAUGGGCAAUGUAGUUUUGAAGCCAAAAAUUAUUUGUAUACAGUGAUUUGAUUCGUCAUUUUA